UCGAAUUCUCUCCCUUGAUGCUUUACGACGGUGUCGGGCUAAUUUCAACACUCUAAAUAUUUAUCCCCUAGCAAAUACCUGGUAGUCUUGAAGUAUCCUUUGUUGAUAACAACAAAAAACACUAAACAUGUUGCAAAUCAUUUUAAAAAAAAUGUUUUCAUAUACCAUAUAACCUAAGUUGUUCAACAUUUCCCUUAGAUUAUUUUAAUACUUUAUGCGGAAUUCGUUUCAGUAUUUAGAAGGAAGACGUGUGUCCUUUCGUUUAUUCGGCUAAAUCUUUCCUAAAUGAUAAGAUACUAAUUUAGUAAUAUAAAACGCGAUAUAGAUAUAUCUAUUGCCAACUAUUUGACAGCAAACCCUCAAAAUAUGCAUUCUGAGCUCUCUCUAUAAGGUUAACCAACUUUCAGCCAUAGUUUGUUCAGUGAUAACGAAAAACUUUGAAGCUAUUUGGACCGUUUCAACCGCCGAAAAUGAAGGUGGCCAUUUUGACAAAUGCAAGGCGGAUAGACGACGGAACAACAUAGGAUAUAUUAUGGAUCUUAACGAUUGCUGUAAAAGACGUCGGGUUGUUGUUGACCUGUCUGAGGGCAGUAAGACAAUGUUAAAGGAGGCAGUUCUCCAGCUUGUUACUUACCAUCAAGAUCCAGACAAAGUCUUCAACGAGACAACAAGCAUGCUGCACAGAGAAACUACCCAGGACUCCGCGGCGAUCCUGUGUUCGUCUCUCCAGGGUCUUGCUCCUUGUUCUUUAACUACUUCAGACUUUCGUGCAACAGAAGCAUGUGCCAAUAAACUUCUUGAUAUUGUGAGACGAAGCAGGGCAACAAAAACCCUCUGCAGCACUAUGCAGGAUGAGGUUACUGCUGUGGUUAUGCUGACAAAACACUUGAUGGAGAAUCAAAACCUGCAGACACUAAGAUUCUACAAUCUUCUUUGUAAAGAGAGUUGUCUACCCUUGGAAGUAAUCUGGUCACUACAUGAAGCUGGUGUGAUGAAUGUGGAAGCUUAUCUAUCUUUUAAACAGGAUGAGAAAUCUUUUGUGGAGGUGGUGGUGCAACAGAUAUUUGACCGACUUGAAGUUAAACAACAUGACAAGUUUAGCCUGGAAAGUCUUAUAAAUCACAUAUCCCAGCUUGCCUUCCCAGGAAAAACUGACCCUGAGAAAUUGCCACUGAAAAAGUUCGCCAAUGUGAUAUUGGAUUCCGUAAUAUUGAAGCUUGUUGACACUAUGACAGCAGACAGUAAGCCUGUGAGACUGCCCGUGGCCUCGGUUCAACAGGGACACAACUCAGACGGCAUGAGGAAACAGUAUGGUCAUGUCAUCAACCUCAUUCUCACACAUCGACCUACCACAGCCAGAUCAGCAUUCAGUGUCCAGACAGACCUGACCUACCCCCGAUCUCCUCCUCUUCUUGUCACCAUGUUCAAACAGCUACUAUUGGUGUUUGAUGUUGAGGAAGUGGUUGAAAUCCUUCGACAGAUACAGGAUCGACCAAUCAACUGGCCCCAUCUACUCACUCUGGUCUCCACGUUUAUUGUGUGUCUACCCACAGCCACGAACUGUCUCUUCGGUAAAUAA